CGGAACGACCUCAUUCUUGUGAUUGGCGAGGGUGAUGAUGAUCGAUAUUCGAUAGUCACUCCCGUGUCACUUUGUCACCGUCCACUUAUGCACUUAUGCGUAUAUGUGCGCAUGUUUCGCAGUUGACAGGCUCCCUGGUCUUGGCAUUUGGUGACGCAACUUCAGUUCCAAUAGUGACAACAGGUUCCAGCGCCGCGCCUGCGAGCAUCAGAAUGUUACUGGUGACAAGCAACAACAAGGCAAUCCAGAUCACCAAGAAGUCUUCUGAAUAACAACUGAUUUCCCACCCAAGUCCUCGUCCUCUGCAGACCUUCUCAUCAUCCACUAGCCCAGGUGCAACCCUGAGUUGGGAAUUGCCACCCUCCAUCUAAACCCCCCACUCGAGACUCUCCAUCUCCCUUCACCACCGCAGUGGCUACACAUCUUCGCAAAGCCAAAUAGAUAUCCAAAAACCAGGCCAAGAUGGCACCCUCAGAUUUAGAGCAGUUGACUGAUAUGGGGUUUGACAAAGAAAAGAGUGAGAUCGCCUUAAAACAAACUGGUGGCCUGGCCGAGGCAAUCGAUUGGUUGGACAAAAAUGCCGACAAAUCGAUAGAUGACCUUAAGGCGGAGCAAGAUGCACAGGCUGCCGCGCAAGCCACUGAAGACGCUGAACAGGCAAAGAGCCUGGUUUGCAACGAGUGUGGCAAGAAAUUCCGAGGGACUGCCCAAGCCGAGUUUCAUGCCUCCAAGUCAGGACACACCGACUUUGCCGAGUCCACCGAAGAAAUCGCCCCACUGACCGAAGAGGAAAAGAAGCAAAAACUUGCUGAACUGCGGGAAAAGAUGGCACUUAAACGAGCAGCACAAGCAGAACAGGACAAGGCAGACCAGCGGCGCAACGAGCAGAUCAACCGGAAAAAGACCAAAGAGACCGAGGACAUGAAGGAACAGCUCCGGGUCAAGGAGCAAAUCAAGGAGGCUGAGAAAAAGAGACAGGAGAAAUUGGCCGACAUCGAGGCCAAAAAAAGAAUUCAAGCCAAGAUCGCCGCGGACAAAGAAGAGAGAAGGCUAAGAACAGAGCGGGAGAAGGCAGAGAGAGCGGGAAAUGCUGCUGCCGCCGCUGCCGCCGUCGCCGCCGCCCCCAUUCCGGCAGCUACUGGACCAGUUACCUCCAAGCCUGCUUCUGAAUACAAGGAAUCACGACUACGACUCCAGACAGCAAACGGGAACCUCAUGAAGACCUUUCCGGUCGAGACUACGCUAUUUGAAGUGGCGGCAGCCAUCUCAGACGAGAUCGGCAGAGACGUUGAGAGCUUCACGCAGAACUUCCCCAAGAAGGUGUUCAACCAAGAGUACUUUGGCGAGACAUUGAAGGAUUUGAAGCUGGUCCCGAGUGCCAGUCUGAUAGUGCAGUAGGUCUCCAUGUCUCCUUUGCCCGAGAUACCAAACGGGGUCUAUUUGGCGAUGGCGUUGGCAUGGGUGCGCCUGGGAGCAUAAAAACAUUGUCUUGUGGGCUGUGAUUGCGAUUUGACGUGGCCCGAGCUGAUUCGUCUUGUGAGAAGGGAAUAUCCUCUGCCUUGGUAGAAACUGAGGCACCAUACUUGUGUGGCAUGGAGACCUAUCUGGUGGUGCAUCACUCGGCGUCUCUCCGAUGACCUUGCGCAUCAGCCUGGCUGGCGGUAAAAGUCUACCACUUAAGUCUACCAACCAGAAGUAGAGGUCAAUUCACGUGAUGAUGCAUUUCUCACAGCGCGCACUUUAACUUUUCUCACGGCAUAUGCAUGUCAGGCCGACAAAGGACUCGCGUCGUAUAGCUGACUCCUGUAAUGCGUUCAUAAUUUGUAGGGGCCAACCCCCAGAAAGUCCAUGAGCUAUUA